AUGAUGCUAUCUACCCGUGCGAUGCGCUCGCCCGCACUUCGCGCGGUGGCUUUCCGUGCUCACCGCGCGGCUGCCACUCGUGGAGUUGUUACAGUUGCUGAAGAUGCUCCCCCUUUGAAUGAAGAGGAGCUUAAGCGCAAGGUUGAACUCAGUAUCAUUGAAAAAGGCAAGGGUUACUACCUUCCUUACGAGAAGAUCGAGAACAACCUCAAGAUUGUUCGUGACCGCUUGAAGCGUCCCAUGACCAUGUCUGAAAAGAUCGUAUAUGGUCACCUUGACCAGCCUGAAACGCAGGACAUUGAACGUGGUGUUUCAUACUUGCGUCUCCGUCCUGAUCGUGUUGCCUGCCAAGACGCUACUGCACAGAUGGCUUUGCUUCAGUUUAUGUCUGCCGGCCUCCCUAAGGUUGCUGUGCCCACGACGGUCCACUGUGACCACCUCAUCGCUGCUGACGUUGGUGGCUCACAGGACCUUGCUAACGCGCUUGACCUGAACAAGGAGGUCUACGAUUUCCUUGCUAGCUGCAGUGCCAAGUACGGUAUUGGCUUCUGGAAGCCUGGUUCGGGUAUCAUUCAUCAGAUUAUCAUUGAGAACUACGCCUUCCCUGGUGGUCUCAUGAUCGGUACGGACUCGCACACUCCUAACGCUGGUGGUCUAAACAUGAUUGCUUGCGGUGUCGGCGGUGCUGACGCUGUCGAUGUGAUGGCUGACAUUCCUUGGGAGCUGAAGUGUCCUAAGGUAAUUGGUGUUGAGCUCAAGGGUAAGCUGUCGGGUUGGACUGCGCCUAAGGACGUUAUCCUUAAGGUUGCCGGAGAGCUCACUGUUAAGGGUGGUACUGGUGCAAUUGUUGAGUACAAGGGCCCUGGUGUUUCCUCGCUUUCUGCCACCGGUAUGGGUACCAUUUGUAACAUGGGUGCUGAAAUUGGUGCUACGACAUCGAUCUUCCCAUUCAACGCCCGUCAAGCCAAGUACCUUGAGGCUACGGGCCGUGCAGACAUUGCUAAGGCUGCUUCGCAGUUCAGUCGCAACCUUCUGCCCGACCGUGACGCUGAGUAUGACACUCACAUCGAGAUUGACCUCGACAAGCUUGAGCCCCACAUCAACGGUCCAUUCACGCCUGACCUUGCCACGCCUCUUUCGCAGUUUAAGGAUGCGGUGAUUAAGAACGACUGGCCCGAGGAACUUCGUGUUGCCCUGAUCGGUUCUUGCACGAACUCUUCGUAUGAAGACAUGUCGCGUUCUGCCUCGAUCGCCAAGCAAGCUAGUGAUCACGGUCUCAAGGUCAAAUCGGGCUUCACUGUGACGCCUGGAUCAGAGCAAAUCCGUGCCACUAUUCAGCGUGAUGGUCAGAUGGAAAUCCUUAACAAGGUUGGUGGUAUGGUGCUCGCCAACGCUUGUGGUCCUUGCAUUGGUCAGUGGAACCGUCACGACGUGAAGAAAGGUGAAAAGAACUCUAUUAUCACGUCGUACAACCGCAACUUCAGUGGCCGUAACGAUGCGAACUUUGCUACCCAUGCCUUUGUGGCCUCUCCUGACCUUGUGACGGCUAUGGCAUUUGCUGGAAGUCUCACGUUCAACCCGAUGACUGACUCGCUUAAAGGAGCUGACGGCAAGGAGUUCAAGUUCGAAGCCCCUACUGGUGAUGAGCUUCCUUCUCGUGGCUACGACCCUGGCGAGAACACGUUCCAGUCUCCUCCUCCUGACGGCUCAGGUGUCGAGGUGAUUAUCCGCCCUGACUCCGAGCGUCUCCAUGUCCUUGAGCCUUUCAAGAAGUUCGAAGACAAGGACCCCAAGGAUCUUCCGAUCCUUAUCAAGGUUAAGGGCAAGUGCACGACGGACCACAUCUCAGCCGGUGGUCCUUGGUUGCGCUACCGUGGUCACCUCCCUAACAUCUCAAACAACUGUCUGAUUGGUGCCACUAACAGUGCUAAUGGUGAGACGAACAAAGUUCAGAACUACUACACUGGUGAAUGGGGAUCUGUCCCUAGCACGGCUGUCUACUACCGUGACAACGGUCACCCUUGGGUUGUGAUUGGUGACGACAACUACGGUGAGGGCUCGUCUCGUGAGCACGCUGCUUUGGAGCCUCGUUUCCUUGGUGGUAUGGCCAUUAUUACCAAGUCUUUCGCUCGUAUCCACGAGACCAACUGUAAGAAGCAGGGUCUUCUGCCUAUGACGUUCCAGAAGUCGAGCGACUACGACCUCGUUCGCCCUGAUGAUCUUAUUGACCUUGAGGGUGUCACGACAAUCGCACCUGGCAGCAUCGUCACGCUCGUUUGCAAGCACCGUGAUGGUUCGCAAGACCGUAUCCCACUUGUUCACUCGUUCAACGAGAACCAGAUUGAGUGGUUCAAGGCUGGUAGCGCUCUCAACUUGAUGUCUGCCAACGCCGCCGCCAAGCGUGGUGAAUAA